AUGUUACACUGUAAAAGAAAACUAAAAACGGUUAGUUGGCUUGUGUGCUUUCUUCUUAUCCUUGACGUCGUUAUACAUCAUGUAAAUCAAAAUAUCAAGCAAUCAAAUACUCAGCAUUCGAUAUUACAAACAUCACCAUCCGUUCGAUCUUUGAAAACAACAGUAGAAUGCGUCGGUCCUUCCUACAACCAAUCGUGUCUCUAUCAAAAUCUUUAUUAUACCAAGCAAGGAUUUUUAGCCUUAUCAUUAAAAGAAGAUAAUUUAACACUGCCAGGUGUUCGACUAGCCGCAUUAGCAACAACUGAGUAUCGCCCACGUCAUCUUAUAUUCGAUACGUAUGAAAAAUUGCAUCAGUUCGUUCGUUCGGAGAACGAACCAAGAAUGUUCUCGGGACUAACAAUUCAUUUUAAUCAACUUUGGCAUGGUAAUGUUGGUCAUGCUCUAUUCGACGGACUUUAUCCAGCCUAUAUUGCCGCGAUACGCUUUGCUCCGAAACAUCUCCAACCAUUCCGAGUUCUUGUUGGCUUUGACAAAAGUCAAUGUCAAACAUGUUUCAGCGAAGAUAUUUACAGUCGUUUUGCCGGACUUGGGUUAAUUAAAUCGAAUGUUCUCGAUGUACUUGCCCAACGUCAAUGGUUCGUUUUCGAAGAAAUCAUUCUCGGUAGUGGAAUGAUGUGUCAACGUUGCAUUCAAUCCAACUAUCAACUCGCCGGUGGAGUAGAACUCGACGGGUCUCGACUAUUUCGUGAUCGAAUGUAUAAACAGCACGGUCUACUUCCUCCACAUAUUCGACGUAAUCAUUCAGCAGAACGUCGUGAUGUCACCAAACCAUUGAAUGCUUAUAUUGUUCAUAACAAACGUUUUACAAGCCAAGAACAAGAAGAUUUGAAAUUAGCAAUGGAUGAAAUCAAUAAUUAUACAGAUUUGUACUUAAAUAAAAGCAUUGACGAGAUUAGAUCACUACGAAAUCCACUUGUACGAGUUUUUUACCUUGAUUAUCGAAAUAUUACUGCACAAAAUAAUGUUUCUGUUGGUAUUGAUGCAACUGCAAUCGAUUCAAAAUCUCCGACGUAUGAAUUAUUAGAUAANAUGCAUACACCCCAGGUUGAUCCGACGAGCCAUCGAACGACACGCGCUCGAUAA